AUGAUUGAACGAUACUCCGACGACGAGCGGCCACUGAGUGAGCGCAAAGCCGCCUUGCCGGGCGCAAACCAUUUGUGCAUCCUUCCCGACUCGCGCCAGCCUCUUAUCGAGCGGGUCAACAAUCCAUGGCAAGAUGAGAAGGCAGUCUACCACGACGAGGAACGAGAGCUGCCUUUCUGCGACCUUGAAGGUGAAGGGUCAUGCCCCAACCUGACGCGCGACGCUGUUCGCUCUCGAAGAACCCGCAACAUGCUGUUCUACCUGCUAGUGCUCGUAGGGGUGGGCUUGCUGAUGUGGAGGCUGUAUCUUCUGCCUCAUCUUCAGGAAGAGUGGGAGAUGAAAGAGGGUUUCAUGGCGCAAGAGAAUGGAACAUACGGCAUCACGAAAUCGGCCGACUUUGAUGGCACGCAAAUUGAAGACUUGGACAGCAAAUAUGUGCCAGGAGGCGAGCAUGAUCCGAAGCGCGAGCGGCGGCUAGUCUUUGUGGGCGAUGUCCAUGGGUGCGCGAAGGAGCUUAAGAAGUUGCUGCAUAAGGUUGAUUUCGACGAGGAGAAGGACCACCUAAUUGCGGUCGGCGAUGUGAUAUCGAAGGGCCCAGACAAUGUCGGCGUGUUGGACGAGCUCAUGCGCAUUGGCGCAUCCAGUGUGCGAGGGAACCACGAGGAUCGCAUACUUACGGUGGCCGCUAAAUCACUGGAAACGGACUCUGCGAUCGAAGCCAUGAGCAGCGGCGCGAAGAAAGACAGAAAGUUGUUGAAGAAACUGCACAAGAAGCACCUCAAGUACCUCGAGAGCAUGCCGCUUAUGCUGCGGGUGCCGGCAUUACCACAGGCAGCCAAGCCGUCGCACAGGAGGUCUUCGCCACUUGCUGAGGAGAUCAUUGUGGUACACGGAGGCCUUGUACCCGCAGUGGAAUUGAAGAAGCAAGACCCUUACUUCGUCAUGAACAUGCGGGGCAUGCGGACCAAAAGUCAUCUUCCUCUCGCCGAAGCUAAGGCUAAACAUGGCAAGAGCAAGCCGUGGCACGACAUCUGGGAUUGGUACAACGACCGCUUGUACCGGAAGAAGUCGGUCAAGGACUUUGCCAUCUGGGACUCACUGGAGGACGCAAAUGAACCUACGACGGGUCUUGAUACUCUGCUAGGACGGUUCGGCUUGAAGAGCGGCAAGAAGUGGCCCAAGCCGCAAGUCGUCGUCUAUGGUCAUCACAGCAAGGCCGGGCUGCAGAACGAACGCUGGAGCAAAGGUUUGGACACUGGCUGUGUGAGCGGUGGCGAGUUGACGGCGAUGGUGCUGGAUGCGAAGGGAAGCUGGAGUUUGACGAGCGUCGGGUGUCCAAGUGACACGACGUUCCGUGGCUAUACCUCAGCCCAGGUUGAAGAAUAUGCACGCAGACGAGGUGGCUAUCCUAAGAGCCUCAUCGACGAGAUCAUAGGCCUCCAUGGCUCGACCGGUAGUUCCUUCGGCUCAUUGCUCGACCUGGGUUGCGGCCCGGGAAGCGCAACUCGAGACCUUGCGCCGCAUUUCGACCUUGCUUUUGGUCUGGAUCCCAGCGACGAGAUGUUGCGUACGGCCAGGGCGAUCGGUGGGCAUGCGAAGUUGAGCCCGAUCCAGUACAUGCAAGGCGACGCCGAGGAGUGCUCCGGCGUCCCCGAUGAAUCCGUGGACCUGAUCACAGCGGUGACGGCUGGGCACUGGUUUGAUAUGGACAGAUUCUGGCCUACUGCUGCUCGUGUCUUGAGACCAGGAGGCACGGUCGCCUUCUCCACCAUCUGGCGGAUCUUCGUCCAUCCCCGUAAGACUCCGCAUGCGAACGAUAUCCAGGAGAUCCUGAUCGACCUUGAGCAAAGAACGCUUGGCCCUUACCAGAAGCCUGGAAACUGGUCACUGAUGGGUAUGUACGCCGACCUGAAGAUGCCUUGGUCUCUCGGGGAGCCUUGCAUGGCGUUUGCGGAGAGCUCUUAUCGUUAUCAAGUCUGGAACCUUCACGGAGUGCCAGAGAAGGCAGAUGGUGGUUAUGUCUGCGGUGAGAAGGUAAUGACCGUGGACGAGACUGAGAAGGCCGUUGCUACCAUCAGCGCCGUCACCAGAUGGCGAGAAGCACACUCAGAGCUGGCCCACACCCAGGAUGACUGCGUGGUUGCUGCUUUCAACGAGAUCAAGGCCAUCUUGGGUGUUGGCGGUGAUGAGAAGAUAACGAUGGUCGGUCCGAGUGUACUGGUGACUUUGAAAAAGUCUUGA